GAGUUGAAGCGAGAGGCAGAGAAAGAGAGGAAGAAAAAAAUCCUGUCUGCGGUGGAAAGAGAAAAGAAAACUUGGGCUGACAGGAGGGGGUGGGGGGUGGAAGGAAGUGAGAAAACAAAAGAGAGAUAAAAGGGCUGCUUUCUGUCUCUCUUCCUCUGCGAGCUGGCUUAGGAGGAGCUGUUUUGCAUCCCUUCACGUCAGCCCUGCCUCACUCCCUUCUUCCUGGGAGGGAGAGAGAGAGAGAGAGCGAGAGGAGAGAGGGAGAGAGAGGAGGAGAGAGAGGGAGCAAGAGGCAGAGGGAGAGAGAGAGAAAGAGAGGAGCGGAGGGCGGGCGCGGAGCAGGCGGCGGGCGCGCGUGGAGGCGGCGGGCGCGCAGCAGCAGCCGGCGGUGGGCACCCGAGCCCCCGGCCCGCGAGGGCCCCAGCGCAGGAGCCGCGCCCGGACCAGGGUGUCGGGAGCAGGACUUUGCACCCUUGAGGGUCACCCAGCCACCUUUGAAGCUACUCUUUUCAACCCUGCCUUUGAGAACAUCGAUGCCCUCCUAGCCCCGCCCAGGGAUGGAGGGCUUCAUGGACUCAGGGACCCAGACGGACGCGGUGGUGGUGCUGUCCCUGGCCCAGGCUGCCGUGCUGGGCCUGGUCUCGGAAAAUGAGCUCUUCGGAGCCACCAUCAGCGCCGAGGCCUUCUACCCGGACCUGGGCCCCGAGCUGUCCGCGGCUUCCCUGGGGGAGCCGGGGCCCCCGGACCCCGACGGCUACCCGCUCGCCUGCAACGGGCGCGCCCUGGAGGAGCCGGCGGAGGAGGAGGUGCUGGAGGUGGAGGCGGCCUUCGAGAAGCACACGCGGCGGAAGACGCGGCCGCCGGUGCGCCUGGUGCCCAAGGUCAAGUUUGAGAAGAUAGAGGAGGAGGAGGAGCAGGAGGUCUACGAGGUGUCGGUGCCCGGCGAUGACCAGGACGCGGGCCCCGUGGAGGUCCCCGCCGAGGUGGCCGGCGGCGGCGGCGGCGAGUCCCUGGUGCAGAGCAGCGCCGUCAAGAUGAUCGACCUCAGCGCCUUCAGCCGCAAGCCCCGGCCGCUGCGGCCCCUGCCCCGAGCCCCGCGGCCAGAGCUGGACCUGGCCCCCUACGCCCCCCACUUCCCCGAUCCCGCCCGGGAGGUCUUCCCGGAGCCCAGCCUGGCGCUGCCGGGGCCCGACGCCUUGCCCGCCGAGUGCGGCUUCGAGCCGCCGCCGCCGCCGCCGCACCUGGCCGCGCUGAGCGACCCUGAGGCGCCCGCCGUGGGGUCCCCGGAGCCCCUGAAGCCGGAGGGCUUCGCGUGGCAGGAGGCGGGCGAGCUGGAGGCGGACGCGGCCGGCUCCACGGCCGAGCGGCACAAGAAGGCGCAGCUGGACCGGCUGGACAUCAACGUGCAGAUCGACGACUCGUACCUGGUGGAGGCGGGCGACCGGCAGAAGCGCUGGCAGUGCCGCAUGUGCGAGAAGUCCUACACGUCCAAGUACAACCUGGUGACGCACAUCCUGGGCCACAACGGCAUCAAGCCGCACUCCUGCCCGCACUGCAGCAAGCUCUUCAAGCAGCCCAGCCACCUGCAGACGCACCUGCUCACGCACCAGGGCACGCGGCCCCACAAGUGCCAGGUGUGCCACAAGGCCUUCACGCAGACCAGCCACCUCAAGCGCCACAUGCUGCUGCACUCCGAGGUCAAGCCCUACAGCUGCCACUUCUGCGGCCGCGGCUUCGCCUACCCCAGCGAGCUCAAGGCCCACGAGGUCAAGCACGAGAGCGGCCGCUGCCACGUGUGCGUGGAGUGCGGCCUGGAUUUCUCCACGCUGACGCAGCUCAAGCGCCACCUGGCCUCCCACCAGGGCCCCACCCUCUACCAGUGCCUCGAGUGCGACAAGUCCUUCCACUACCGCAGCCAGCUGCAGAACCACAUGCUCAAGCACCAGAACGUGCGGCCCUUCGUGUGCACCGAGUGCGGCAUGGAGUUCAGCCAGGUCCACCACCUCAAGCAGCACUCGCUCACCCACAAGGGUGUGAAGGAGUUCAAGUGCGAGGUGUGUGGCCGGGAGUUCACGCUGCAGGCGAACAUGAAGCGGCACAUGCUGAUCCACACCAGCGUCCGGCCCUACCAGUGCCACAUCUGCUUCAAGACCUUUGUGCAGAAGCAGACCCUCAAGACCCACAUGAUUGUACACUCGCCAGUGAAGCCAUUCAAAUGCAAGGUGUGCGGGAAGUCCUUCAACCGCAUGUACAACCUGCUGGGCCACAUGCACCUGCACGCGGGCAGCAAGCCCUUCAAGUGCCCCUACUGCUCCAGCAAGUUCAACCUCAAGGGCAACCUGAGCCGGCACAUGAAGGUCAAGCACGGGGUCAUGGACAUCGGCCUGGACAGCCAAGACCCCAUGAUGGAGCUGACGGGCACCGACCCCUCGGAGCUGGACGGCCAGCAGGAGAUGGAGGACUUCGAGGAGAAUGCCUACGCGUACGCGGGCGUGGACGGCAGCGCCGAGGCCAGCGUCCUCACCGAGCAGGCCAUGAAGGAGAUGGCCUACUACAACGUGCUAUAGCAACGCUGGGCCGCCCGGCACCGGGGGAGGGGGGCCUGGGCGUGGGGGUGAGACCCGCGGGCUGCAGGCUGCGCUCCUGCAGCGGAGAAUCGAGCUACUGCCCCACUGCCCGGAGCCCUCCCCCGACACGGAGUCGUUUGCACCACCAGGGACUUGUAGACCAAAUGGACUGUACCACUGGCCUCGGCCGUGAACCUGGGCCUGCUGCCGUGGGAGGGUCGGGGAAAGGGACAGGUCACAGGGCACAGGUUCUCAGGGGUCCCCAGGCCCAGCCGCGCUGGGGCAGCCAGGGUGCGCAGGGCCGAGCCGAUGGCCCCUCAGGGCUCCUGACACUGGAAUAGGGAUCGCCUGAGCCAGGCCUGGUUCCCCCCUGCCUGCCUCCAGGGAUGUCGGGGCUCCCAGCUGGCCAGCACUGCCCGCCCGUACCCACGAGCCCCGGGGCUGGGAACAGCCCAGGCCCAGAGCCGUCUUCCCCACCCUGCCUGCCUGACAGCCAGGCAGGCCCCGCCGCCUUCUACCUCCCGGUGCCUCCCCAGCGCCCCCUGGAGCCAGGUGCGCAUGCGGGCCCCAGCCUGGCCGGCGGGACAGCAAGGGUGCAGCCCACCCCCAGCGAACGCCUUCUCCAGCCAACUCCCAGCAGGCCCCCCUCUUACCGCCCUAAGGUGGGUUUAGGCAGACGUCACCCGGUUCUGUCUUAGCUGGGGCACCACACACAGAGUGUCCCAGCUCAGGGUCCCCAGUGCGAGCUGAGCCGGCCACGCCAUGGUCCGGCCACACAAGGACAGGCCGAGGCCCCUUGAGCGAGGCUGCCUGGGGUGGGGCGGGAGCAUUGGUCUUAUUUAAGGUGGAACAAGUAUCCGAGCUGAGGGGAGGACAGCCGGGUCUGCAGGCUCCCGGAAACAGCAGCAUUUAAAAAGGAAAAUGAAGACCAUAGAGGGAAAAAAGAUUUUUUUUGGGGGGGGGGGGGUCUUUGGAAGGUCAUUUAUCUCAUGCUUUUCCUUUUCAACUCUGUGUCGCCUAUAACCUUUUCUGAUGGAGACCGUUUUCUUUUUCCCCAAUGGAAGCCCACCCCCAGCCUGGAGCCGCCUGGCCUGGCGAAACUUGGGGGGGGCGGGGGGGGGGCGCUCUGGCCCUGGGGGCCCAGCUGCUGGCAGGGAGGCUCAGGAGGCGGGUGGGAGGCAGGAGGAGGCACGGGGCAGGCCCUCCACCCCCACCCAGCCCCUCGCCAGUGACGCGCUCUGCAUCACCCACCAGAGGCCAGAGCUCGGUCAGCAGCUGGCUCCUGCCCCUGGAACUGGAGGCUGCAGGCCCCAAGCAGGGAAAUAGCACAUUCAGGAACCAAGGCACCCAGACCCCGCCCACAGAGGGAAGGGCGGGCAGGGCUGCCCCCCCCCCCCCGAAGGCACAGAAGGAGGUGAAGCCACCAACUUCAGCCCAGGAACCAGGUGGGGGGAACAGCUGGGGGUGGGGGACCCCUUUGUCCCCCGUCCAAGGCUGUCCCUUAGUGGAGGGCCCAGCCCGGCCUCAGGGUGGCUGCGAUGGGGACUGAGGGGAGCACAGGGCGGCCUCGGGGGUCAGGCAGCCAGGGGCCCCUCCUUCUCUGCUGCAGCUCACACUAAGCAACAGAUGAGAAGUUGGGGGCCACGGGGGCCUCUCCCCAAGUGUGGCCCUCUGGCCCCCGGUGCCCGCCGCGAUGACCCCAUCACUGUAGAAGACAUUUUCUCCUGCUGAGACGCAUCACCCCUGCAAACUACCUCUUCCCACAACGUCUUUCUCCCCUGGUACCAAAAAGAACCCUGCUCCUCCUCCUCCUCCUCCCCCUCCUCCUCCUCCUCCUCCCUCCGCCAGCGCAGUGGCCUUGGUCUCGGAAAACCCAAGGGAGAAGGUCCAGGCCCCGGGGUGGGGCCCUCCUUCCGGCCGGCCGCCGGCCCCCUGCGAGUUCGUUACUUGAAUGCCCCGGCCCUGUGCCUUGGACCUGGGCGAAGCUAAGAGAAGGGGACAGCACAACUCACGAUUUGAGCUGGGGGUGGGGGGAGAGGGGCGGGGGGUGGUCUUGGCGAGGCUCCUGUCCUCACCCCUCGCCCCCAACCUUAGCAAAGGAGGUGUGAGGCCUCCCGGGUGACUUGGAAACUCAUUCUAACUUAUUUUGACGUGUAUACAAACCAACUGUUUAGAAACCCCACUUGUGCAAAGCCCUACUGUGUUUCUAUGUUCCUGUUGGAAAGAGAAGUUUACUUAGCAAUAAUUAUAAAUAAAUGAAUAUUCUUUAG